CGCGAGCGUUGUCGCGCAGGCGAUGUGUCCGACAGCACGUGAAGGCAGCACGGCCUCGCGUCAUAACCCGGAUGGUGUUCCGCUCGACCUUAUAGCGCGCACUUCCUUUUUCCGUCUCCCUCUUUCCCGUCUGCAGCGAUGUCUAAGAGAGGACGUGGUGGGUCUUCUGGAGCCAAGUUCCGCAUCUCGCUGGGUCUCCCAGUGGGAGCGGUCAUCAACUGCGCCGACAACACAGGUGCUAAGAACCUGUACAUCAUCUCUGUGAAGGGCAUCAAAGGCCGCCUGAACCGCCUGCCCGCUGCAGGAGUGGGUGACAUGGUCAUGGCCACAGUGAAGAAGGGCAAGCCAGAGCUCAGGAAGAAGGUGCAUCCUGCGGUGGUGAUACGGCAGCGGAAGUCGUAUCGGCGAAAAGAUGGCGUGUUCCUCUACUUUGAAGACAAUGCGGGUGUCAUAGUAAACAAUAAAGGAGAAAUGAAAGGUUCAGCCAUCACAGGUCCAGUGGCCAAGGAGUGCGCUGACCUUUGGCCCAGGAUUGCCUCCAACGCUGGCAGCAUAGCCUGAGCUGGACCCUGCACCUCUGUUUUCAAUAAAACUGUUGUAAAGCCAA